UUCCUGAAAGAGAAAGACCUCCUGAUGAAAUUCCACCCAAACAGGAGGCUGAAGUCAGAGCAAGUAAAGAUGGCAUGUCACCACCUGCAGGGGGCAGCACUGAGGGUGACAUGAAAGAUUUACCACCAGAUGUCUCUGCAAACCAAGAAGGCGAGGACAAGCAGAGCACUGCGGGAGGUAACUUGGAGUAUGACGAGAUCUCAGACAACGAGCUGGAUGAGAUACUGGCCACUGAGGAGGCUGAACAAGAGGAGGAAAGUGCACCAGCCCCAGUGGACAUAUUAGACAUCGACUGGCGCAGUCUGAUAGCGGAGAAGGUCCCCAAGCCGGAAGUGAAGAAAUCGGCUGUGAAACGGUUCAGUCCAGCCAGUGUAUUUGCCAGUAUUGGAGUAUCCAGGGCACUGGCUGGAGAGCAGCUGUAUAAUAAGAUUAUCAGGACAUGUCAGGAACAGUUAGAGCAAGAAGCUGCAGAGGAGGCUGCAGAGGCACCUGAGGGCAGCACAGAAGAACCCAAGACAAGCCAGAGAGAACAUCCGAAGUUUGCUCUGUUGAAUGACGUAGCAGCAUUCCAUGCCACGGCAGUUCAGCGCCGCAGGGAGCGAGCUAAGUUGCUGACGGACUUGGAUUCUUACAAAAGGGCCCUGAGCGCCAGGCAUGAUCUGCAGAUCCGCAGGAAGCUGUGUAAAUUUGAUAAGGCUAGCGAGCUGAGCAGUGUGUUUCCGGCACCGGUUCACGACCCGGAGCUGUACAAACAGAGUCUUCAAAUCCUCAGACAUCCUAGAGGCGCCAGGAACGCUGCGGAGACUCCUCUCAAUAUCACGGCCUAGCAACCCGCAGGGGAUAGAUACGGGAAUAUUGGAGCAGUUUUGACCGAGUUUCAAUAACUUCAGUAUUAAAAAUCCUCCGGCCAAUCGCCCAAGGGGCGGCGCGCAUGCUUCAAAAUCUUCUGUAAACGUUGGAGACCAGAAACUCACCGCUAAAGACUUAAAAGUUUGGAAGAUUGAGAGGCUAAACCGUCAGUGAGCUUUCGAACUUAUCCUGUAUGCAUUUGGGUUACAGGAUCUUCCUAGUUCCCAUAAAUUAUGCGUUGUGACAGAGCUGCAGGUGAAAUUCAUCUUUAUAAAUAUGUAGACUGCAUAUCAUUACCGGCAUACAAGACGCCUUAAGACCUAAUAUUAAUUGCAAAAAUAUGGAUUUUUUUUUAUGUCACCUAGAUAUACUGUGACAAGUGCCAGCUACUAUAACAUUACGAACCUAAAAAGCCGGUUACUUUAAAACUGGCGAAGCGGGCUUAUUUUUGUUAUUGUAUGAACAGUUUUGGGUAUUAAAAUCCCAUGGUGUGUAAGGAAAAAAAUACUGAAAUUUGUUGUGCUGUAUAAAUGUCUAUUCCUCGUUGUGUUUGCCUGUAUGUAAGAUGCGCUUGACGGAACUUCAACGCGUGACAGAAGUGCGCUUUUUGCGGCGAUAGGUUUUAGAAAAAUUCAAAUUUGUUUGAGAAAAUGUAGGUUUUUUAGGAGACCAUUCAUCAAGUAGUUGGUAUAGCAUUGUAGUAUUGUGUAGGAGUGUUUGAAUACGUGCACAAGUCGGGGAUGAACUAAUUUAAGAUUUAUGUAAAUAACGAUAAUAGUAAGGAUAUCUUGCUUAAAUUGUAUGAAACAUGAUAAAAAAUGCUUAGAACAAAAUUCAUUAAAAUGAUUUUCAAAUGGU